AUGGCACCUCUCAACAAGCGCGCCCUCGAUAACACCAACAACGACGAGCGACGGCGGCGGGAGGAGAAACGACGGCGCGAGGACGAGAGUGUCGCAGAGGCCGAUGCUCGGUUGGAGAAGGAGGCGAGGCGGCGGCGGCGGGAGAAACAGCGGGCGCGGAAAGCCGCGGAGGACGCGCGCGUGCGGGCGGCCGUCUCAGAGUACAUCGCGGCGCGGGCGCAAAUGGAUGAAAAUGAGGACGACGCUGCUGAGGAGGCCAUCAGCGCGGCGGCAGGGAGCAGCACGGGUGCCAGCACGCGGGAAGGAGCGAAGAAGGGUGCCAAGGGCGACGAAAGGGAAGAGCCCAAGGGGCCGUUGCGGACGGAGCCUUGCCUCGGGUGCGUGCAACGCAACCUCGAGUGUCGUUCGCGCCUUGUGAAAGGGGCCCGCACUUGCUGGGAGUGCAAGGUGCGACACGUGCGGUGCGGAAACGGUGCGGGCGGGGUCCGGGGCACGGCACGUGAAGCGCCGCCUGUUGUAGCCGCGGAGCCGACGGUGGCGUCGUCGCUGGGUGACCUGGCCGCGCAGGUCUUCGACAUGUCCGUGCAUGUCCUCGAGCGGUCGCAGGCGUUAUCGCGCCUGGAGGAGCGGCUUGGUGAGGUGGCAAACACGGUGGCAUGGAUCGCCAGUGCGAUGGGGGCGCCACCAGACGUGGCUGAGCGGGUGCGCGGAAAGGAGGGGGUACGGACGACGUCACCGCAAGCGGUGGGCUCGACGAGCGCGGAAGGUAUGGAGGACGCGGAGGGAGAAAUGGAGGUGGACGACGCGAAGGCUCCGUCAACCAGCGAUACUGACGAUGUGCAGGACGCGGAGCCGGCGGACACGACGGACGAGGAGGAGGAGGGGAUGGCUUGGGAAGGGACAGGGAAGGUGCUGUCGAGCGAUGAUGAGGAGGAUAGUGAGUAG